GUACUUUUUUCUUUUCUUCCCUGUCCCGAUUCCGCCGCCAGCGGCCAACCUAGCCGGGCGCGUUGCCUUGGCCGGUAGAAAUUAGGGAUUCGUUAUCGCCCAACUCCAUCUCGUUAAGUCGUGAGGGAUUUGCAAGCUGACUAAUCUUGGUUUUAAUAUCUGGAUUCAAAUCGGGUUUCUAUUGCUUUAGCACGAACUAAGCUUUUUGUUAAUCUUUAGAGGGAAAAGUUCAAAUAAAUGGAGUUAAGUACUGCUAUUCUUCAAUCAUGUUGUGCUGUGCAAUUAAGGUUUCCUAUAACCAUUGCUGCUUUCAAUUCUGGUCGACCAUUAUCGUUAAAAAGCCCAACUCAACUCUCUUGCUUGAAGUUCAGUAAUAAAGGCCGUAAUUUAUUGGUUAAACAGGCAAGAUGGCCACAGUCAUCCCCAACUACUUCUGUUGUUGGUGACAGAAGUGAAGUGCGACAUGAUUGUGUUUGUCAAGGAUUAUCGUCUUCGCAUGCUUCUGAAGCUGCCUCAGUUCAUGAUGAGCCUAAUCAAAGGGGUGAGGAAAGGGGUGAUAGUGAUGGUGCUCAGUGCUUGGAUGACAGUCGAAUGGUUAGAGUUUGUGACAAGCUUAUUGAUGUUUUCAUGGUUGACAAGCCAACUCCAACUGAUUGGAGAAGGUUGUUAGCUUUCAGCAAGGAGUGGGACAAUAUUAGGCCCCAUUUUUUUGCACGUUGUCAAGAUAGAGCUGAUGAUGAGAGAGAUCCAGUGAUGAAGCAGAAUUUGCUUCGGCUUGGAAGGAAGCUUAAAGAGAUUGAUGAAGAUGUGCAGAGACACAAUGAACUUCUUCAAGUGAUCAAAGAGUCACAAUCAGAAAUUAAUGAAAUUGUCUCCCGCUGUCGCAAAGACUUCACCAAAGAAUUCUUUGUUCACCUUCACACUGUAGCAGAGUCCUAUUAUGACAACCCGACAGAGCAAAAUGAACUGGCAAAGCUUGGGAACACGUGCUUGGCGGCAGUGCAAGCAUAUGAUGCGACAACUGAGAGCAUUGAAGCAUUAAAUGCUGCAGAAUUGAAAUUCCAAGAUAUUAUUAAUUCUCCUUCUCUGGAUGCUGCCUGCAAAAAGAUAGAUACUCUUGCUGAGAAGAAAGAACUUGAUUCAACAUUGGUAUUGAUGAUCACCAAAGCUUGGUCAGCUGCAAAAGAGUCAAAUAUGAUGAAAGAUGAGGUGAAAGAUGUACUAUAUCAUUUAUACAAGACAGCAGUUGGUAAUCUUCAGAGACUGGUACCGAAGGAGAUUCGAAUAAUCAAGCACGUUAUUAGAAUUGAGGAUCCCGAGGAGCAAAUGUGUGCCCUCAAAGAUGCAUUUACCCCUGGAGAAGAACUUGAAGGAUCUGAUGAGGAUACCUUAUACACGACUCCUGAGAAGCUUCAUACCUGGAUAAAAGCUGUGGUGGACGCUUAUAAUCUGAGUGGAGAAGGCACCCUAAUAAGGGAAGCUCGAGAUUUGUUGAAUCCAAAGGUUAUCCAGAAAUUGGAGGAGCUGAGGAAGGUAGUGGAAGACAAUUUUAUGUGAAUAAAACCUUAUCCCUAGCCUACAAAUGUUCUAUGUCCGUGAAAACUGCAAACCUUGUUUAGGAUUUUGCACAGCUGCUAGGAAGUGUCCGAAGUCUUGGUAGUUUUUAGUGACAACUUUCUUAGAACAGAAUUCGCUGAAGUAGGAAACAGGGCUAAUUACCACCGUUAGUUUUUUAUUUUUGAUUAUUAUACUUUGACUGGUUUUCAAAAGUCACACUGGUCCAGAUUAAUCUUGAUUGAGAUAAUCAGUGGGAGGACAAGUAAUUUUGGGGAGGAAGGAUUCAAACUUGAUGUUGAUACUUAUCUGGCCAAUGUCGUCUUGUACAAUAUAUUUCGGUUUUGAGUUAUUAUGUUCCAUAUUUAUUAAUUGCACUAUUUUUUAUGUAAA